AUGGCUGAAAUGUUUGAGAAGAGCAAUCAUACUAAAUACAUUAAUAAAGUUGAAAAUACUAGUUUAUUAACUUCUUUUAAGGAGGAAAAGGAUGCAGCAUCGAUGUCUAAUUGGCUAGAUAGCCAAAAAGAACAUGACCCUCAGUGGAUUGUUGUUAGGGAUUGGGACAAGGAUAACAUACUCACAAAGUUACUAUGGAUGACCCCUGAACAAGUUGAAAAUUGGAUACAAUUUUCAGACUGUAUUUUAAAUGAUGUGACCUAUAAAACAAAUUGUUAUAGCAUGGUGUUAUUAUUGUUUGUAGAAUUUAAUCAGAUAUUAAAAGCAACUAAUAAGCAGCCAGCUGUCAUAAUAACUGAUGCAGAUCCUGCAGUAGAUUCUACAGUUUGCCAAGUAUUUGUUCAAAACUAUCCGAUUCAUUAUGCUUUCCACAUGAUACAAAAUAUUAACAAGCACCUAAGAAAUUUACUUGCAAGUAAUUAUGAAAAUUUUAUUGAAACUUUUUAUAUAUGUAGAAACAGUUUUGCAAAAGAAACUUUUGAAAGAAGUGAUGAUCAAGAAAUAGAAAUACCUGAUGCAUCAGUAGCAGACAUACAACAAAUACUGCUAAAAGAACUUAUUCAUUUAGUAGAAAGAUUGAACAAUGUAAUUGAAGCUGACCAGUGGGCACUAAAUACUUCAAAUCAGUGUAUGAAAAAAGAAGUACCAAAAAAUAGCAAAGACAUUGUAAGAAAUGUGGCGAGGUUGGCCAUUAUCAAAAAAACUGCAAAACAUAAUUUUAUUAGUGAGAUAGUUGGUAUAUGGAUUGCUUGUUCAAUAGUGCAAAUUGAGGUUAUAAUUGUAAAACUGAAGUGA